CGUUCUCAGCUGACUGUGAAGGGAGAGAGAGAGAGAGAGAGAGAGAGGGACGGAGGGGCGGGAGAGAGAGAGAGGGGGGGACGGAGGAAGCGAGGAAGUUGCUGAUAAUGCUGCUGAAGAGUUUGUGGAAAUUAGGUUGGGAUGAUUAAGGCUUGAUCAAUUUGCGAUGCGGUGGUUGUAGCUGCUUUGGCAUGUGUUAUAGUAGCUUUAUCGGAUGCGUAAAGUGGGUGUAUUUGGCUGAGUAGAAUCAAGGCGUAGUGUUUAAUCUUGAAGAUCAACAAUGAGUUGGGGUGCUGUGGCAUUCCAUUCCUGUUGGAAGGCACAACCACGCUGUUGUUCACUACACUAACUAUAUUGCUUUGUCUGGCUACCAUCGCUGGCCCAUUGAAUAGUGUAGGUCUGGCUGAAGAGUGUGUGUGUGUGUCACCUUUUUUGUGGCUUUUUGGGACGGGGUAGCAAAUGGGAUCGAUUGGGGCAGAAGACUUGAUGAGUUGGGAGAAGCCUCCAGGUAUGGGGAAUGAAAUGGAAGAGAAGAUUUUGGUGUUGGUGAGACUAAGGCCCUUGAGUGAUAAGGAGAUUGCACUAAAUGAAGUUGCUGAUUGGGAAUGCAUCAACUCAACCACAAUUUUGUACCGGAACAGCCUCCAGGAGCGCACUGGACUUCCCACUGCUUAUUCAUUUGAUAGAGUAUUUAGAGGUGAUAGCAGCACAAGGGAAGUUUAUGAUGAUGGAAUCAAAGAUAUAGCUCUCUCAGUUGUGGGUGGCAUCAAUUCAACUGUGUUUGCUUAUGGUCAAACAAGCAGCGGUAAAACAUAUACCAUGAAUGGUAUUACUGAGUACACAGUAGCUGAUAUUUAUGAUUACAUACAGAAGCAUGAAGAAAGAGCAUUUGUUUUGAAGUUUUCCGCAACAGAGAUUUAUAAUGAAGUUGUCAGAGAUUUGCUUAGCAAGGAUAACACUCCACUACGACUCCUUGAUGAUCCAGAAAAAGGGACUAUUAUUGAGAAACUCACCGAAGAAACUUUAAGGGACUGGGAUCACCUCAAGGAGUUAUUGUCCAUAUGCGAAGCACAAAGAAAAAUUGGGGAGACGUCAUUAAAUGAAACAAGUUCCAGAUCACAUCAGAUCCUGAGAUUGACAAUUGAGAGUUCAGCUCGUGAGUUUAUUGGGAAGGGCAACUCAACCACCCUCGCUGCUAGUGUGAAUUUUGUUGACCUGGCAGGAAGUGAGCGAGCAUCUCAAGCAUUGUCAGUGGGUCAGAGACUGAAAGAAGGCUGCCACAUAAACCGUAGUUUACUGACUUUGGGAACUGUUAUUCGCAAACUUAGCAAAGGAAGACAAGGGCAUAUCAAUUACAGAGACUCAAAACUUACUCGUAUACUGCAACCUGCCCUGGGAGGCAAUGCCAGGACUGCUAUCAUUUGCACAUUGAGCCCUGCCAGAAGUCACGUCGAGCAAUCACGGAAUACCCUUCUAUUUGCUACUUGCGCAAAGGAAGUAUCAACUAAUGCCCAGGUCAACGUAGUAAUGUCUGAUAAGGCACUGGUAAAGCAUCUGCAGAAAGAGGUUGCGAGGCUGGAAAAUGAGUUGAAAACUCCAGGAUCAAUGUGCGACCAUGGGCCAUUGCUAAGAAAGAAAGAUACGCAAAUAGAAAAGUUGGAGAAAGAGGUUAGGGAGUUGAAGAAGCAGAGGGAUCUUGCUCAUUCUCGGAUCGAUGAUUUGCUUCGAGCUAUUGAAAGUAAUAAAGCUCCCCCCAAAAAUAAUGAUAUUCGACCUGUUAAUGGAGCUUCACCCCUACAGAGUGAGGAUUUUUCAUCAGAUGUAUCUCAUCAAACCCAAGGGAUGGGGAGCUCUGUUACCGGAAUCGAACAGGAGGAGGAUUCUGAUGAAAUCUGCAAAGAAGUUCGAUGCAUUGAGAUGGACAAAUCUGAUGAGGGAAGAACAAAUGGAACUAUCGGCGAGCCUGCUAGUGAGAGUGAAGAAAGCAUGCCAAUGCUUUCUCAGCCACAAAAUCGGCUUAUUAUCGAUCAGCAAGGGUUAUCAGCUUUACCUAGACAAGUUCCUGCCAUUAACGGCGGUUACUCUCGCAGCAUCUCAGAACAGAAACUUCAAGGAGCAGAGAAGAUGAUUGAUUCUCCUUUCAGACCUCACUCCGAGGUAUCUUCUCCCGAGGCCUCAUCAACUAACAUAUCAGAUUCUGGAAGCUCAUGCUUAACAAGAAGUAGAAGCUGCAGAACUAAUCUAAUGACCGAUUCACCCGACUUUGAGAUGUCUGAACAAAGCGAAAGCACACCCCCAACUGUGUUGGAGAAAGACUACUCUGGAAGACCAGAAGGCAUUUUCCAAAGGAAGCAAUGGCGACGUCCUCCGGUAUUAUAUGGUGCUGAUGGUGCGACACUGUCCAGAAGUAACUCUAUCUCUUCCGAUUGUAGCAGUUAUUUGGACGAAACACAGAGUCAAGUCUCCAGCCAUGGGGAUGAGGACAUUCCCACUCUCGGGUCAUUUGUAGCAGGACUCAAGGAAAUGGCGAAACAACAGUACGGCGAUCAGUCUGACGAUCAGGUUCAGCACAUAGAAGGCGCAGGGGAAAAGAAACCCGGAGAUUUCAGCUCAGACGCAAUCAACAAUUGGCCGACGAAAUUCGCGAAGCUGCAGAAAUCGAUAAUUGAAUUGUGGCAAGCUUGCAAUGUUUCAUUGAUCCACAGGACAUACUUUGUCUUUCUUAUUAAAGAUGACUACACAGAUUCCAUUUACGUCGAGGUGGAACAUCGACGCCUGUCCUAUCUCAAGGAAACAUUCGGCAAUGGCAAAUCCGCCAUCCAUAAUGGCACCACUCUCACACUGGCAUCAAGCAAGAAAGCUCUACGCCGGGAGAGAACAAUGCUCUGCAGGCUCAUGCAUAAAAGGUACAGCGAAGAAGAAAGAAACAGGAUUUACGAGGAGUGGGGCAUCGGCGUGAACUCGAAACAAAGGAAGUUGCAGCUGGCUAAUCGAUUAUGGAGCGACACCUCGAGCAUGGAACACGUAACGAAGAGCGCCGCCAUUGUUGCUGAGCUUACCGGUCUCUCGGAGCACAGACAGGCGCUCAAGGAAAUGCUCGGACUUAGCUUCGCCGGCCCUCUGCGGCUCAGCCGGAGAUCCUUCCGGUGGAAGUGACAGCAUGGCAUCCCCUCAUCUGAUAUUGAGAGAGAGGUGUUGUAACAAUGAAAUCAGAAUUAUUCAGAUAUUUUAGGGUCAUAUAUUGAUUUGAAUUUGAUUGAUGAUCAAAUCUGAUUGAUGAACGAACUUGUGGUUUGGUUUUGUGAGGUUUUUAUUUUCACUCGAUGAUUUUGAUUAAUUUGGUUUGUCGCUUCAUUUAGUGUGAGUGAUGAUGUUAUGCUAAUAGUCGGUGGUAUUGCAAAAUAGUAGAUUUGAAUUUUUGACCCA